UAAAACCCAAGAAAAAGAUUUAUGAAAAGAAAAUGAGAGGUGGAGCAACUAGGGUUUUAUGCAGAAAUUUAGUCCGUGCAUUCUCAAGAAAUGGAAAUAGCAAUAAUAAUAUGUUCAUCAAAAUCCAUCCCUUUUCGUUUCCCAAAUACUCAACUGUGGUGGAGAUGCAGCCGCAAACAUCGGCUGAACUGAUAAAGAUUAUGGAGCAGAGACUGUCUGCUAUUGAACACAGAAAUGCUUAUCUUCAAGGCAUCAUUAAUCAGCCGGAAACCUCACCAACCGAGUUUUCAAGAGCAAACAAGGAGCUUCAGAAGCUAAAUGAUAAAAUGGAUCUCAUAAGUAAGUUGAGGACCAUCGAAAAGGAAAUUCAAAGUUUAAAAUCGCUAGUUGGCGACUCUGAAGAAGAUAAAGACAUGCAGGCAAUGGCAUAUGAGGAACUGGAGCAAGUUUUAAAAGAACAACAAAAUGUGCAUAAUCUGUUGCUUAAGUCUUUACUUCCCAAGGACGAUGCCGAUGCAAGGGGUUGCAUUUUGGAAGUUAGAGCAGGGACUGGUGGAGAAGAGGCUUCUCUGUUCGCAAUGGACAUCUUCAAAAUGUAUGAGAGAUACUCCCAGAAAAAAGGAUGGAGGUUUGAGGUGGUAGAUGUCACAGACUCAAAUAUGAAAGGAUUUAAGGAAGCAAGUGCUGCAAUAUCCGGGGCGGAUGUCUAUGGAAAACUGAAGUUCGAGAGUGGAAUUCAUAGAGUGCAGCGAGUUCCCAUUACUGAAAAGUCUGGACGUGUUCAUACAAGUGCCGUGUCUGUUGCUAUCCUUCCCCAGGCAGAUGAGGUAGAUGUUCAACUGAGGAACGAGGACUUGAGAAUUGACACAUAUAGGUCUGGGGGAUCUGGUGGUCAGCAUGCGAAUACUACUAAUAGUGCUGUCCGAAUCACCCAUAUUCCAUCUGGCCUCACAGUUGCCAUACAAGAUGAGCGCUCACAACACAUGAACAAAGCUAAAGGGCUAAAAGUAUUGUGCGCGAGACUGUAUGAGAUGGAGAGAUGUAGAGUGCAUAACAGUAGAUCUAAGUUAAGAUCAGAUCAGAUCGGUAGUGGAGAUAGAUCUGAACGUAUACGUACCUACAACUUUCCACAAGGGCGAGUGACGGAUCACAGGAUAGGCUUCACUCAUCAUUCCAUCAGCGAUAUGAUACAAGGAGAGAGUUUAGACUACUUCAUUGAUGCCCUUCUUUUGCAGCAAGAAAUGGAUGCAAUUGCAGACUUUCAGCGCCAGUAGUGGUUGAUUUCCUUGCUAUCAACUAAAGAUUUAUUUUACAACUACAAGCAUAUUGCUACCUGAUGAGUAAAAUAGUUCUUUUAAUAAUUUAGUGAACACUGAUGAUUUUGACGUGUAUCUGAUAGUACCAGUAGUCACAUAACCAUACUUUUUAUAAAGAUAUUGAGAUCUGUUCAUUCGUUCUUGCUUAA